UGCCGUGCGGGAGCCAUGGAGGCCUCGGAGGCGGCGGCGGCGGCGGGGCCCGCGGCUCUGGAGGCGGGCGCUCCUCCCGUCCCGGAGGCCGCGCGGGGAGCCGCCGCCGCCGCCGCCUCGGGCCCGUGGGGGCCCCUGGGGUCGCGGCUGAGGGGCAGCCGGCCGCGGCCCGCAGCGGCGCGGCAGCAGCCCGCGGCCCCGGCGACGCCCGCGCGCGAGCUGAUCCAGCCGUCCGUGAGCGAGCUGUCGCGGGCGGUGCGAACCAACAUCCUCUGCACGGUGCGCGGCUGCGGCAAGAUCCUGCCCAACAGCCCGGCGCUCAACAUGCACCUGGUCAAGAGCCACCGCCUCCAGGAUGGCAUAGUAAAUCCAACAGUAAGAAAAGAUUUGAAAACCACACCAAAAUUCUACUGUUGUCCAAUUGAAGGAUGUCCUAGAGGUCCUGACAGACCAUUUUCUCAGUUUUCUCUCGUCAAACAGCACUUUAUGAAAAUGCAUGCCGAGAAGAAGCAUAAAUGCAGCAAAUGCAGCAAUUCCUAUGGUACUGAGUGGGACUUGAAAAGGCACGCGGAGGACUGUGGCAAGACCUUCCAGUGCACAUGCGGCUGUCCCUAUGCCAGCAGAACGGCAUUACAGUCUCACAUCUACCGAACUGGUCACGAGAUCCCUGCAGAACACAGGGAUCCACCUAGUAAAAAAAGGAAAAUGGAAAACUACCUACAAAACCAGAAGUUAUCUAAUAAGACCAUUGAACCAUUGAGCACCCAACCCACCCCUCGACCAGAUGCUCAAGAACUAGAAACUUCAGAAAUAAAAUUAGUAACCUCUUUUGAAGAUUCUUGCAGCUCUAAUGCCAGAAAGCAGAGUGUCGCAACACCCCCAAGAUGUCCUCAGAAGUUGCUUCUACCAAAGCCCAAAGUGGCUCUGGUUAAGCUUCCGGUCAUGCAGUUCUCUCCUGUGCCUGUCUUCGUGCCUACGGCCGACUCUUCGGCCCAGCCUGUGGUGUUAGGUGUGGAUCAGGGCUCCACCGCAGGUGCUGUGCACUUGGUGCCCUUGUCAGUAGGAACCCUGAUCCUCAGCCUAGAGUCAGAGGCUUGCUCUCUUAAGGAGAGCCUACCUCUUUCAAAAAUUUUAAAUCCUGUUGUUGAGCCAGUUAGUACCGGUGUUCAAGUGAACUUGGGUAAAAAUCUGUCUAAUCCUUUACAAGAACUGGGGAACACAUGUCAGAAGAACAGCAUUUCUUCAAUCAAUGUACAGACGGAUCUGUCCUAUGCCUCACAAAACUUCCUACCUUCUGCACAGUGGAUUGGCCCUGACUCUGCUGUGUCAUCUUGUUCUCAGACUGAUCUGUCAUUUGAUUCUCAAGUGUCCCUUCCCAUUAGCGUUCAAACCCAAACGCUUCUGCCCAGCUCAAAGAUAACUUCAUCUAUAGCUGCUCAGACUGAUGCGUUCAUGGACACUUGCUAUCAACCAGGCGGGAUAUCCAGACAAACCCAAACCAGUGAAAUGCAAAGUGCCCCAGAUGGCCAAGUACAGAUGGACCAAGCUGGAAUGUGUGGAGACAUUUUUGAGAGUGUCCAUUCAUCCUACAGUGUUCCUGCAGACAAUAUUAUAAGCAGCAGCUUAAUAGCAGAUACAGUAACUCGUGGUUUGUUACCUCAGAAUGACCCUAAGACUUUAAAUCAAGAUAUUGAGAAAUCUGCGCCCAUUUUGAGCUUCAGUGCACAGAAUAGUAUGCUUCCUUCACAGAACAUGACAGAUAAUCAGACCCAAACCAUAGACUUAUUAAGUGAUUUAGAAAACAUCUUGUCAAGUAAUCUUCCAGAUCAGACAUUGGAUAACCGUAGUCUUUUGUCUGACACAAACCCCGGGCCUGACACCCAGCUGCCAUCUGGCUCAGCCCAGAAUCCUGGAAUAGAUUUUGAUAUUGAAGAGUUCUUCUCAGCUUCAAAUAUCCAGACUCAAACUGAAGAGAGUGAACUUAGCACCAUGAACACUGAGCCAGUCUUGGAAUCACUGGACAUAGAGACCCAAACUGACUUCUUACUUGCAGACACAUCUGUCCAGCCCUAUGGGUACAGGGGAAGUUCUCACUUCCUAGGCCUUGAGAUGUUUGACACGCAAACGCAGACAGACUUAAACUUCUUUUUAGACAGUAGCCCUCAUCUGCCCCUCAGCAGCAUCCUGAAACACUCCAGCUUUUCCAUGAGCACUGAUUCAUCAGACACAGAGACCCAAACUGAGGGAAUCUCCGCUGCUAAAAACCUAUCUCCUCUGGAAAGCAAAGUUCAGUUGAACAGCACAGAAACACAGACCAUGAGUUCAGGUUUUGAAACCCUGGGGAGCUUGUUCUUCACCAGCAAUGAAACUCAGACAGCAAUGGAUGACUUUCUUCUAGCCGAUUUGGCCUGGAACACAAUGGAGUCUCAGUUCAGCUCUGUAGAAACUCAGACGUGCGCCGAGCUGCACGCAGUCUCCAACUUCUAACAGUGAAGUCCAGGUUGGAUGGCGUUUAUUAUUUCCUUCCAGGUUUAGAAAAUGGGGAGCAGGGACAACAGUAUUAACUCUGUUGAAUGUAGCUGAUGAUGCAGUUGCUUAGAUUCUUUGCAGUUCUUUGCCUUUUGUACCUGUAAACACAAACUUGUGUAUAAAUGUGAGUGUAUUAUAUUAUAAAGUGUAAGAUGUUGAUCUAAAAAUGAUUGUUCUUGUGUUGCCUACAUUUGCUCUUUCAUAGCUAGUCUUUCCAUCUUUAAAACUGUAUCUCAUACCUGUAAAACCAAUACAGCCAUUUAGCUGAAGCCAAGCUUGCCAGGUAGUAGAGUGCAAACUUAUCAAAUCUCCAAAAUGUUUUAGCUAAGUGUAAUAUACUUAAAUUGCACCUAAAAUGUCUUCUAGACAAUGCUGCUAUGGUUGGAGACUCCUGUUGCUGCAGCUUCAUCUGCUUUGCCAUCUCUCUACUGAUUUGAAGACACCAAGGGAAUUUACAGCUGUCUUCAGUUUUUGCAGGUUUCCAUGUAGUCACUGCCAUCCCUUCUCUCAUGAGCUAUUACUGAUGCUAACGUGCGAACAGUCCUUUCCUCACAAGAGGUUUGUUGCUGUGAAGUUAUUACUGCCUAAAGAAAGGGCAGCAAGCACUUAGUGUAAAUAGUGAUCCUUCUAAGUAAGAGUACGAUAUCCAGACCAUGGGGACACAGUUGUUAAAUCAUGCCUGUUAGUUCAUCCUGGGGUGUGUAGUGUGCCCUACUUUAAAAAAAAAAAAAGUUUUCCUAUGUUCUCAUACCAUCAUCAAUCCAGAAGCCUUCUGUGCCCAGACGUGUGGGGGGUUUUCCUAUGUACUAGCAAGCAGCUCUGCAGCAGAUGCCAGCGGGGUGUCCUCUAAUGCUCUUCACUUCUGACACUACCUGGAGUCCAGGCCUCCAGAGUGUCUAACCCACCACCUGUAAAUUGGGGUUGCCACAGUCUUCUCCCUGGGUUCAAUUUAUUCACCAGAAUGGCUGGGAUAACUCAUGGAAACAUGUUUCCUGGUUUUUGCAAAGGAAACAGAUGAAGGGUAAGGUAUGUGGGAAGGAACUGGCUUCCAUGCCCUCUCCAGAAGGGCUGUCCUUCAGGAAUCCACAUGUUCAGCUGUCUAGAAGCUCACUGAACCCAGUUCUUUUGGGCCUUUAUUGAAACUUAAAGGGCAUGAUUGAUUGAAUCACCGGCCAUGAUCAACUUAACUUUUUGCCUCUCUCCCCUCCCAGAAGGUAAAGGGGUGAAGUGUGGUGAGGCUGAAGAUCCCACCCCUCUAAUCAUGUCUUGGCCUGUGACCAGUCCCCAUCCUAAAGCUACCUAGAGGCUGCCAGGUAUCAAUGAUUCCAUUACCAUGCAAAGAAAAAAAAAAAAAUUGCUGGAAAUGACAGGGAUUUUAGGAGUUGUCUACUACCAGUGAGGAGACCAAAUAUCUUUUUAACAUUACCACAUUUACAAAUACCCUGCACUCCACGGCAGACCAGAGUGGGGCUUCAGAGCUGCUUCCCACCGUACACCUACAGGCUGCAUCUGACUUAUGUUCUCAUUGUUAAAAAAGUAGGGAAAGGACACCACCCCCCAACCCCAGAUUUCAAAACUUUAUACUUCUAAGCUUGAUAAUAGGGCAAGAGUGCAAUCUACAAUUAUUUGAAAGUUACUUUUCCUUCCAUCCACCACCCAUCUUAGAAUAAAGAAACACAGGUCUAGCAAGUAUAUCAUUUGUGUCUUAAAGCUAGCAAUUACAGAAUAAAUCCAUCUAAAAUACCAGACUUGCUGAUUAUCAUGAAUAUUUUCUGUUUUGAGACAAGAACACCAUCAAGUAUGCUUUGGAGGUUCUCUAGUUAGUAGGUCCUGUUUUGUUUGUUUUUGUUUUUUCUUUCUUGGUUCUAGGGAUUAAACCCAUGAGCACUUAACCACUGAGUGACAUCCCCAGCCCUUUUUAUUUUUUAUUUUGAGACAUAGUCUCAAAAUAAGUUGCUUAGGGCCUCACUAAGUUGCUAAGGCUGGCUUUGAACUUGAGAUUCUUCUGCCUCAGCCUCCUGAGCUGCUGGGAUUACAGGUGUGCUCCACUGUACCCAGUCUGAAUUCUUAAUUGCCCACCUCUCAGGCAAGUGCAGCCUGUGUGUUCUUGAAGUUUACCCCAAAAUGCUCUGUUCCUUCUGUGGCACAUGCUUGUGCUGCUGAAAGCUAAAUCCUCAAAAUAGAACUCAAGAAGGAGACUAAUGAUUCAUUAAAGUAAAUUGAUGGUGUUGGUAAUAAUGCUUAUCCCAUAUGUCUGAAAGAGAACUGGUAAUGGAUUAAUAACAUAUCCGAGCAGAUGAACUAAAACGUAGUAGAUAAGUUUGCUUUGGUCACAGUUGCCUAUGGAUGAGUUUCAAAAUGAACAUAAAGCCUUAACUUAGAUUUUCAUUGUUUUAGAAUCAUCACUGCCUUAAUGUUCAAACAUCUAUUUAAGUCGUCCUGAUAAAGAAAUGCAUGUUUGUUUAAUGGCUUUUUGUAAAUACAGAUGCAGUGAUCUAUGGCUUUACUUCUGUUUGUGACAAUGUUUGUUAAUCCAGCCAGUAGUUACUUACAAAAACGUAGAGCAUGUAAUUGUUCUUCAUGUACAAGAACUGUUCCCCCUGCAAAACCUUAGUUACCUGGAUUGACCUAAGAUUAUUUGUAAAAUCUGAAAUUCAGUGAUUAAAAGGAAGCUAGAAUUCUC